GUUGGUGUGAACUCACCGAGGGAGCAGCCCCAGCAUGGCUGUGAAUGGGACGGAUGCCUGUCAGGAUGUGGGAGGAGCCCUGCAGAAGGUUUACCUCUCCACCAUGUAUAGCCUGGAGUUCGCUUUGGGUGCCAUUGGGAACAGCGUUGUUGUGCUUGGUUAUAUCUUCUGCCUAAAGGAGUGGAAAAAUGGCAAUAUUUACCUGUUCAACUUGUCACUGUCAGAUUUGCUGUUCCUGUGCACUUUACCGGUCCUGGUGAGCAGCUACUCCCGAGGCCGAUGGAUAAGUUCGAGCAUCCUGUGCUACAGCAACAGGUUCCUGCUGCACGUCAACCUGUACACCAGCAUCCUCUUCCUUACCGUCAUCAGCAUUGACCGGUACAUGCUCAUGAGAUACCCUUUCAGAGAUCAUGCACUGCAGAAGAGGAAGACAGCCUUCAUUGUGUGCAUUGCUGUUUGGGUCCUGGUGAUACUGGAGCUGUUGCCGCUGACCUUCUUCCUGGAGACAGUGUCACCAGCCAAUAACUUCACGUGCCUCGACUACGCGAGUUCUGGGGACCCAGAGAAAAGCCUCAUCUACAGUCUGUUCCUAACGCUCUUUGGGUUCCUCAUCCCCCUUGCCGUAAUGUGCUUCUUCUACGUGAAGAUGCUGCUUUUUCUGAAGACCUGGAAGGAGAGGAGCAGUUCUGUCCUGGCUCUUGAGAGGCCGCUCACCCUGGUGGUGCUGGCUGUCACCACCUUCUCGCUGCUCUUCACCCCAUACCAUGUGAUGCGCAAUGUCCGCCUCGCCUCCCGCAUCCCAGCCCUCAACAUGUCCAUGUGCACCCAGAGCACCAUCAACACUGCCUACAUCAUCACCCGGCCCAUCGCCUUCCUCAACAGUGCCAUCAACCCCGUGUUCUACUUCCUCAUGGGGGACAACUUCCGAGAGAUGCUGAUGGCAAAAGUAGUGCAGGUUUUGGGCAGGCUGAAAAGCACGGACAAAUGAACUGCUAGGGAGAGCUCUGGCAAUGGAACUAGGGGAAAGCUGUGUGGGAGAACAUCGGCAGCAUGCACUGCUUUAUUCUUUAGAUAGCUUUGUUCAGGCAGCAGAACAUACAGGAACUGAGUUUGUCACUGAAAGUGCCUAUUGCCGAUUUGUUUCCAGCAGGACAGAGGCAGGUCAACUGGCAGCGGGCAGCCCGACACCAAACCCAG